GUCCUCUUCUUGGGCACCUCCCAGAUUUGCCAUUGAUUGCAUCUGCGCUUCGGUUUGCUUCCCCCUGCAGUCACAAAAAUACAGAAAGUUGGUGUAUUUAAUGUACAACGGUCCAAUGCCCACUGCCGCAUCUGCCAGUUAAUAUUGAAGGCGCUAUUUUACAUUGCUUAGACGAAAAGAUGCUCCUAUUUACAGUAGUACCAGUACUACAUUCAUAUCCUCUCGCUCACCCAUGAUUAUGAUUUGAUUCGAUUCAUCGUCUUCUCUCUUGCGGAUAUUUGCACCGAUCGCCGCUUCACCACAUUAAGCCAAUUCCUGUUUCUGUCAAACCCCUCAGCUCCUCUUGGAAGUAAUUUAGCUUUUCCGAUUUGGAAGUAAAUCAAGUUCGGUUCAGGAGGAGGUUGGGGAAACACAAACAUCACCAAGCAGGAUAUGGAGAACAGAGCAGAGGAAGAGUUCAGAGCGCCGCUCAUUUUGACGGACAAGGAACAUGGCUGCUAUGGUGAUGAAGAGAAGACUGUAAAGAGUACCAAGGAGGAUAGAUGGAUGGUUUACCUCAGUACCUUCGUUGCAGUUUGUGGUGCUUAUGAGUUCGGGUGCUGUGCAGGCUAUUCAUCACCUACGCAAUCUGCCAUAAGGGAGGAUCUCAAUCUUUCAAUACCAGAGUACUCACUGUUCGGUUCAAUAUUGACUUUCGGGGCAAUGAUUGGAGCUAUUACAAGCGGUCCAAUUGCUGAUUUCGUUGGUAGGAAAGGGGCGAUGAGACUGGCAAGCGGUUUCUGUGUGGCAGGCUGGCUAGCCAUUUAUUUUUCUAAGGGGGCUGUGCCUCUGGACAUUGGAAGAAUGGCAACAGGAUAUGGAAUGGGAGUCUUUUCUUACGUGGUACCUGUCUUUAUAGCUGAAAUUGCACCCAAAGAUUUGCGGGGUGCUUUGACCACAAUAAACCAGUUCAUGAUUGUUGCUGGAGUAUCUGUGUCCUUCAUAAUAGGGACCUUGCUAGCAUGGAGGACUUUGGCUUUAGUAGGGCUUAUACCAUGUGCUGUUCUGCUUCUGGGCCUCUUCAUGAUUCCAGAGUCUCCCAGAUGGCUAGCAAAGGGGGGACGCCGAAGAGAGUUUGAAGUAGCAUUACAAAAACUUCGUGGCAGCAAAGCUGACAUAUCUGAAGAGGCUGUUGAAAUCCAAGACUAUAUAGAAACUCUUGAGCGGCUCCCAAAAGCUAAAAUAGUAGAUCUUUUUCAGAGAAGAUACUUACGCUCAGUCACUAUAGGAGUUGGCCUCAUGGUUGUUCAACAACUUGGCGGGAUCAAUGGAGUCUGCUUUUACACCAGCAGUAUUUUUGAGACAGCAGGAUUCAAUCCUGAUGUUGGAACAACUACAUAUGCUAUUCUUCAGGUCGUGAUCACAGGAUUAGGGGCAACCUUAGUUGACAGAGCUGGAAGAAAACCUCUUUUAUUGGUUUCUGGAGCAGGACUAGUAAUAGGCUGUUUAUUAACAGGGAUCUCAUUCUACCUUAAGGUUCAUGAACUAGCACUGAAAACAGUCCCAGUACUUGCUGUAACUGGAGUACUGGUCUACAUAGGGUCCUUUUCAGCAGGUAUGGGAGCAGUGCCAUGGGUUGUGAUGUCAGAGAUAUUCCCUAUAAAUAUUAAAGGAGUGGCUGGAAGCUUGGCAACACUAGUGAAUUGGUUUGGUGCCUGGUUGUGUUCCUACACCUUCAAUUAUCUGAUGACUUGGAGCUCCCCUGGAACCUUUAUUCUUUACGCUGCAAUCAAUGCACUUGGAAUCUUGUUCGUGACCAUAGUAGUACCUGAAACCAAAGGUAGAUCGUUGGAACAAAUACAGUCUGCAAUUAAUGCUUCACAUUGACACGAGAUUGAAGAAGCAUGCUUCCUACUUGUCUCUAUAUGGGACUUUUAUAAUUCAACAGCACUGCAGAAGGGUUCAGAAGCUCAGGAGGACACCUUGAUAUAAUUUUCAUAAAUUAUGAAUUUUCAAUUUAAAAUGUUCAAUUGUGUUAUUAAACACAUCCUCUGAUUUGAGUUCCAAUGUCUACUGGCAUAUCAUGCAUAUGUUUCACAAAAGAGAAUACAGAGCAUAAACAACUGUGGCAAGGUCAAUGACAGAAAAGAACAAGUAAACAUAGCUUCAUAA